AGAACAGAGGGGGUGAAAGAGAAAGAAGAGGGGCAAAUGGGACAACAGGGGACUUCCAUGUGGACGCCCAUCUUCCAACCAGACACGAUCAGCACUCAUCCGAGCUCCAUCACCUUCACAACCUUCACUAAUACUACACUUCUCCUGAGAUUCGAGAGUUAAACUGAGAUUGAGACACAUCACAAAUUUACCAAAAGUGAUGAGACAAUCAGAAUGUUUCUGUCUGUCUGCGGCUGAGAAGAAAACCAAGACGGACUGAGAUGCACGCCUAUUGGUUUCCUGACUAGUCCUGUGAUCUCUGACUGAAGAAUAAAGAAACACACACAGAAGAAAGGAAAGGUCACACACAUCAACUCUCACACAAUGCCUCACCACAUCCUUUUCAACCUGAAGCACGACUGCUGACACAGAUAUGACAGACAUGCUGGAUGAACUUUCUGUCCUGUGCUGAGUGUAGAGAGAUGGGUAGAGGUCAGGUGAAGGUCAGUCUGUGGAUCAGUCUGGUCACUCUGCUGAUUCACUGCCCGUCCAUCUGCUGGGCAUUCCUGCCCAACUUCUGGUCCCGAGUCCUAACACUGUCCUGGGACUCGUACACACACCAGUACAUGACGGAGCAGGCCCUGAUCAACGUCACCAUCGAAACCCUGAUCAGUACACAUGGGUACCAGCAGGACGCUGACAGUCAGACAGGCUUGGGUCGGGCCUUCUGGCAGGCUGUAAAUGAGGUAGUCAGUGCCAACGCUGAUAUGGACUUCCUGAGUGCCACCCGGUCUGACCCGGUGUAUCACUUUGACUCGGAGAGAAUAGAAGGAGCCACUGAGAUGCUGCGCGAGUUCUGGAAACAGACAGUCCUGCUGACCCAGAAGAAAAAAUACCAGGCAGCAAGAAACAGUCUGGGGAAGCUCUUUCACUCCUUACAGGACUUUUACAGCCACAGUAAUUGGGUAGAAAUGGGACAGUAUACUGAAUAUAUUCAUUUGCUGAACCCCAAAGAGCCUCCAGUACCUGUGGCCUCAGAGGACACGCCUACCUGUGCUGCAUGCCAUCGAUUCAGUUGCUAUAACAACCUACUGGAAGAACUGGUCCAGGGUCCACCACGCCCACUUCUGACCACCGGUUACUUCAGCACUUACCCGGCCAAGCCCACAGGAAAGUGCAGCCAUGGCGGUAUUUUGGACAGCAGUCGUGACCAGGGAGCUGAGGGUGGCAUUAAUAAGGACAGCACCUCCCCUCUCUUCUCCCCUCAUCACUACCUCCACAAAGAGGCUGCACGCCUGGCAACCACAGCAACCCUCAGCGUGCUCCGAGACCUCCGGCACACAGUGGGGCCCAAAAGCUUCCUAAGGCUCUUCAGUGUCCAGCAGCCUCCAAGCCUGGUGUUUGUUAUAGACACUACAGGCAGCAUGUUUGAGGAGAUCACUGCAGCCCGCAUGCGAGUCCUGUCCAUCAUUCGAGCUCGGGCCCAGAGCCGAUCCCCCGGCCUGCCUGGCACUUUCGUGCUGGUACCUUUUCACGACCCGGGUUUUGGUCCAGUGUUGGAGACUGACGACCCUGAUCAAUUCCAGCUCUUUAUGGAGGAUUUAACAGCCCUUAGUGGAGGAGAUGAACCAGAGAUGUGUCUUUCUGCUAUUGAGCUGGCUCUUAUCCACAGCCCACCGUUGUCUGAGAUUUUUGUUUUCACGGAUGCCUCUCCUAAAGACCGACACCUCUACAGCACAGUAAAAUCACUCAUCCUCGAAAAAAAGAGCAAGGUGACUUUCCUGUUGACUGAAGAUCAGAAUUCCAGGAUGACAUUAAAAGACAGAAGAAAAAGAAAAAGGAGAAAGGCGCUCUCACCCGACCGGUUCUCCCUAUAUUCUUCUCUUUCCUCCAUUUCUGGAGGAAUGACCAUCUUCACCACUAAUACUGACAUUCAAAAAGCCUCAGCUAUUGUGGAGGACAGCACUGCUACCAACAAGGUGACUCUGUUACAUGCAGAAAGUGAGGCGGACUCAUCCCAUUACUUCACGGUGGACAGAGGAGUGGGCGGUGUAACGCUGCAUGUUGCUGGAAAACUCUCACAGUGUCUUCUUUCCAGUCCUACAGGUGUAAAUCAGUCUCUUCUUAGUGAAGCAGGUCCUCUAGCAGGCCUGGACCACGCAGAAGGCCUCUACCGAGUCAACCUGCUGCCACCCAUAGAGCCUGGGCAGUGGCAGCUCAGUGUGACAGCCCAAGGCCCAAUCACAUUCAACGUCUUAGGUGAAAGUACGUUAGACUUUUUCUACUACUUUGCUGUGGUGGAAAAUGAGACUCACCCUGGUCUGAGGAGGGUGGAGGGCAGUCCUAUUGCAGAUGUCUCAGCAUUUUUGGUGGUGUCAGUAACAGGCCUGUCCUGGAAUGAUGAAGCUACAUUCAGUCAUGUGACCUUGCUCAGCACCAAUGGGGAGAGCCUGCAAAAGAUUCUGCUGAAUUCUUCAUCUUCCAGUGGCUCCAGUGAGGAGCUGGUGGGCCACAUUAACUCAAUUCCCAGAAUGCCAUUCAGCAUGCGUCUCUCUGGACGAGAUGGGAAGGGAAACGAGCUGGAGAGAGUUUCCUCAGAGAUGGUCCAGCCCACUCACGUCCAGAUACUGGUCCUCUCAGCUCCUCAGCUUCUGGCUGGUCAUCACUCCACAGUUCUGUUUGAGGUGUUUAAUCAUGGCCCUGCACGCUGGUUCACGCUGAUCGCUAAAGAUGACCAUGGCUACCUCUCUGAUACCAAAGACUCCAGUUUCUCCAUAGGAGAGAGAGGCUCUGUGAGGAGGGAGGUGGAGCUCAGGAUUCCUCUCUCCACCCAAUCUGGACAGACCGUCACCCUGACCCUCAGUGUCCAGGCCCAGGACUCACCUGACUCAAACUACGCUGUAGUCCAUCUGACAGUUUUACCAGAGGAGCCGGACAUGUCCCCUCCCUCGUGUUCUUCUUUGCGGGUGGAGUCCGCCUGUCCUCCUCAGUGUUCUCUGGGCAACUGGAGUGUUUCCCUGGCACUGAAGGACCGGGGUCACUCUGGCCUGGCAUCCAUGCAGCUGGCUAAAGGCCAGGGCACCAUCACGCUGCUUCACCAGGAGACCACCAGGAAAACUGAAGGAGAGAAUCCUCUCACGCAGCUACACAAGGAGGCCACAGAAGGGCAAGCAAGCCCUCUCAUGCAGCUCAACAAGGAGGCCCAAGAGCAUCAGCUUCACCAACACAGAGGACAUGGCCAUCAAGUUCAUCAGUCAGAACCGAGCACAUUAGUGCACAGUGACCCCCCACUGAACAUCAGCCAGUGGGCACGAGGGCGGCACAUCACACUGCACUAUACCUCAAACUGCUGUGACCCUCAGGCGGAGCUGCUGAUAUGGGACAGAGCAGGAAAUAUGAGGCGCUGCCAUCUAAUUGCCAGCCAGCAGAGGGGGCUAAGAGAAAAUAAGAAAAAUAGUGCAUCAAGUAGGACUGCAGGCUUGGUGUUUCCUCUUGUAUUAUUUAGCCUUUUGAUAUAAGAACCAGUGUAAUUUUUGAUCAUUGUUUAUUACACCUUACAAAUAUGCUUGUACAUACUGAGUGAAAUAGACUAACUUGGAAAAGAGGAAACGUUGUAGGAACUGUCUAUGGAAGAGAUAUUAAACAUCUGGCACUAGUAACAGCAUUCUGCUGUGCGGCUGCUCUGCUGGAUGCUGGUCAGUUGUGGUUGAGUUGUGCUGCUGCUGAAGACAAGCGUCUCCUGCUGAUUGUAGGCGGGGUUUUCUAAAAACCAGUCACCUCUGAGACCAGUGUUUUGUAGUUUGGAGUCUCUACAGCCUCUGUAGACCUGUAUCUUUCUCUCAACCUCAAAAUAAAGCUUUGAUUCUGCUCUUC